AUGGAAUACGAUUGGUCUGCCGUAGAGAAAAAAGAAAGCAAGAAAAAAGUUGGAUGUCGGAUAUGUGUUGGUCUCUGUAUUCUCGGAACUUGUGUGUUGGUGGUGAUCGCAGCAAUUGUGUUGGCAGCUAUCUUCAUUCCUCGAGCACCUAACAUUUCAACAGCUGGAUUCGGAUUUGAAGCAUUUUCAUUGAGUUUCUGUCCAGCUCAAGGAAAGAAUAAUUCUGCCUGUUGUGACGUGAAUCAAUGUUCUUUCGUGUAUCAAACAACGAAUAUGAAUAUUGUGCCAUACAUUACUUUGAGAGUUUCAAAUGGAAAUUUUUUUAAUAUUACUGCCAACAACAUUCAAGCGAGUUUACAAUAUAGUACGAGUACUGUAGCUUCUGUGAAUGUAACCAUGACUUUUGGACCUCAAACAUCACAAGACUAUCGAGUUUAUUUAAAAUGGGAUAACACCCUACCUGCCUCCACCAUGAAACAAAUCGUGUGUCAAUUGUCAAAAGCUAAUAGCAAUAUUAUUACCAUGAUUGUGAAUGUCAAAAUCCAAAGUGUUCAAUAUUUCUCGAGUCAACUUGCAUUCCCUUCACGAUCUGAUCAGUUUAGUACAUCGGUAGAUGCUUGUGGAGCUACUGGAUGUCUCGUUGAUACCAAUUAUCAAGCAUCACUGUGUCAAUAA